UAUGGGGCGGGGCGGGACUUCCGGCGGGGCGGGAGAUGCGGGUGCGGGUGCGGAGCUGGCACGGCGUCGCCUCCUGGCUGUGGGUGGCCAACGACGAGAACUGCGGGAUCUGCCGGAUGGCUUUCAACGGCUGCUGCCCCGAUUGCAAGGUGCCCGGCGACGACUGCCCGUUGGUAUGGGGGCAGUGCUCGCACUGCUUCCACAUGCACUGCAUCCUCAAGUGGCUGAACUCGCAGCAAGUCCAGCAGCACUGCCCCAUGUGCCGCCAGGAGUGGAAGUUCAAGGAGUGACCGCUGGGAUCUGCCGGGGCACCGGGGGGCGGGACCGGGACCGUUUUCUGUUGCCCCAGGCCGCGCUCCCGGCUGGGCCGCCUUCAAUAAAGGUGCGACCACUACUUGCUCCUCUCCACCCCCGUGUUCAGUAUCCUGCUUUUAGGAUCGGCGCUCGACGGAGAGGGGUGCAGUGGAGAG